AUGGUGGGCAAGGACUGCGUCGCCAUUGCUUGUGACCUCCGUCUGGGCAUGCAAGCCCUGACCAUCUCGAACAACUUCCCCAAGAUCUUCAACUACGCUCCCUCCACCUAUCUCGGCCUGACAGGCCUGGCCACCGAUGUCAACACCGUCUCGGAUCUGUUCCGCUACAAGGUCAACAUGUACCGCCUGCGCGAGGAGCGCCACAUCGCACCCCAGACUCUGGCCAACCUGGUCAGCUCAUCGUUGUACGAGAAACGUUUCGGACCGUUCUUUGUUAGCCCUGUACUUGCUGGUAUCAACCAAACAACCGGGAAACCGUUUAUCUGCGGAUUUGACAGCAUCGGCUGUAUCGACUUCGCCAAGGACUUCAUCGUGAGCGGAACUGCCAGCGAGCAGCUUUUCGGCACCUGUGAGGGUCUCUGGGAGCCAGAUCUUGCUCCUGAGGACCUCUUCGAAACAAUCUCCCAAGCGCUACUGAGUGCAGUCGACCGAGAUGCUCUCUCCGGCUGGGGUGCCCAGGUGUAUAUUAUAGAGAAGGAUAAGGUCACCCAACGACUACUGAAGGGACGACAGGAUUAA